AUGAUCUACAACGAACAAGAAUCUUGUCCUUUAAACCUUGUGGCUCAGAAGGAGACGUUACCGUUUGAAAAAGAUAAUGACAAAAGCUUGGGAAAGCUGACUUCAGGGAAGAAGUUAACUCUUUCUACUCCUACUGCAACUCUCCAGCUCAGCACAAAUGGAAGGAUUCACCCUUCGUGGUGGAGACCUGACUUGGUCAAGCCAACACAAGCUAAAGAAGACCCAACAACCUCUGACUACCGCAGGAGAAAAACAGAAGGCAAACAAGUUGUAAAUGCUAAUUCUAAACAUGCUUGGCGUCGUAUUGACAAUUCUCGAUCUCAGAACUGGAACCCACCUGCAAAUGCUCGCUACUCAAAUCAUCAUACGACUAGGGAUGACUCUCAGGGCUAUGAUCGACGAAUUGAAUGGAGCACAGCUUCAAUUCCCCGAACACGGGAGAAACUUAUGAGACCUUCAGAGAUUAAGAACCCUUCUUCAGUCCGCGAGAUCCCUCCCUUUAAGGAUUCAGGUCGCAAAAGACGUUAUGAUGACACUCUGGAGAACCAUAAUCACAAGCCAUCCUCAUCAAAAGAAAGAGCUGUGACCCGCAGGAUGAACCAGAACAAAUCUCCAGCUGCAGCAUCAAAAUCUGCUGGUUUAUCCCAUGUCUCGGACUCGCAAUUGACGGUCUCUGAUCCUUUGAUCUCUUCACUACGACUGGACAAGGAGAAGAGUUGGUAUGAUCAAACUGUGGAAGAAGAGGAAAAUCAUGCUCAAGAAGCUCCUUUAGAAGCAAGAUUCUCCAAUGCAAUUCAUAUUGGAGAAUUACCGAGUGCUAAUCCUGAAAAUACAGAAAUUAACGCAUCAGAAAUGGAGAUUAAGAGUGAAGAAACCUGGGAGGAGGAAGAGGAGUUUAUGCAGGAAGAUGUCAACGACACAUAG